AUGUGGCCUUUCUCAAUGGCUCUUCACCUUCUUGCUUCAGUCCACCAUUGCAAUCUCACUGGACUGCUCCCAUUUAAACGUCCCAACGCACCUGUAAUAUCCAGAAAUGGCAAUGUUCCUCGUCCUAAUUCCAAGUGCAUGGCCACCAACGAAAUCUCAGUUAGUAACGGAGGUAGUACUGUUCGGCGAUCAGCAAACUAUCAACCUUCCAUUUGGCACUACAAUUACAUCCAGUCACUUACAAGUGAAUACGUGGGGGAAUCCUGCACUAGACAGCUAGAUGAGUUGAAGGGAGAAGUGAGGAUGAUGUUUCACAAAGUGGUGGAACCUGGGGAGCAACUUGAGCUGAUUGAUAUCCUGCAAAGACUUGGAUUAUCAUAUCAUUUUGAGGAUGAAAUAAGGAGCACAUUGGAAGGUGUAUACAUGAAUACCAAUCAUGGUAUAUGCAACAAGGAGAGGAACUUAUACACCACUGCUCUUGGGUUUAGACUGCUAAGACAAAAUGGAUUUAGUGUGCCUCAAGAUAUUUUCAAUAGUUUCACAAAUGAUAAGGGGAACUUGGAGGAGUCGCUUGGUGAGGAUACUAAGGGAAUGCUUUCUUUGUAUGAAGCUUCAUUCCUUUUGAGAGAAGGUGAAAGUAUGUUGGAGGAAGCAGGAGAUUUUGCAACUAGAAAACUCAAAGAGUACCUCAAGCAAAACAUAUCAGAAGAUCAAAAUCUUUCUUCUUUGGUGAGGCAUGCUUUGGAGCUUCCACUGCAUUGGAGGAUGAUAAGGCUUGAAGUAAGGUGGUUCAUUGAUAUUUAUAGGAGCAGAGAGGACAUGAACCCUAUCUUGCUUGAGCUUGCAGAAUUGGACUUCAACAUGGUACAAGCAGUCCAUCAAGAGGAUCUAAAACAACUCUCAAGGUGGUGGAGGAGGACUGGGCUUGGAGAAAAGUUGAGCUUUGCGAGGGAUAGGCUGAUGGAGAAUUUUUUGUGGACAGUGGGAAAAGCAUUUGAGCCUCAAUUUGGAUAUUGUCGGCGAACAUUAACCAAAGUCAAUGCACUUAUAACUGUAAUCGAUGAGAUGGACUCCGAAGAGCAACAAGAUAUGUCCUUCAUUAAUCUUUUACAGGGAGAUGCUAGCAUGGACAACUCAUUUUUGGGUGAAUCUCAACAAGCUCCAAUGUCCAUUGAUUACUCUCAACCCCAAGUUGAAGUGGUAGGAAAGCCGAAAAAGGCUAAAAGAAAGAGGAAAGAGGGUCCCUCCGAAGAAGCUGUGAAAUUCAUGAAGAAGAAAGCAGAAAGUCUUGAGGAUGCACAUGUUCAAGGCGAAGAAUUUAUUCGCUUAGAGAAAGAAAAGUUUCAAUUGCAAAAGUUGGAUCGGGAAGAGAACAUAAAUAUAGAAAAGAGAAUGCUUCAUUUGCAAGAAUUGGAUCGCGAGGAGAGAAUAAUGAUGCUUGAUACAAGUAGGAUGUCCGACUUCCAACAACAAUAUUGGAUGGCACGCCAAAAGGAAAUCAUUGAGAUUCAAGAAUCAAGAAAAAGUGCUCAAUUUGCUUCUGGUUCUGUUGUCAUCUACAUCUUUUUGUACUCCAUAAACUAUCUUGUAUUUGAUCUGAAGAGCUUGAGUGGAGCUAUCUCGGCAACUCUUUACUUGGGAUAUUCACUCUUCAUGGUUUUAGCAAUCAUGCUGGCAACCGGCAUAGUUGGGUUCCUUUCAUCAUUCUGGUUUGUGCAUUACUUGUUCUCCUCGGUGAAGCUGGAUUGA